AUGAACAUAAUUUCAAGAUAAAACUAACGAGCUGCAUAUUCUUUAAAUUAAUCAAUGACGAAUGGAUUGCCAGUUUUAACUCCUGAAAAUACGAAUUUAUGCACGUCCCAAUUUUAUGGAAGAAAAUAUACUAAUAAAAUUUAUGAUUCACCAAAUAAUGAAAUAUAAUCUGGAAGAUAACAUAUACUUUAUUAAAAAGAUAUUGAAUAAUUAAAAGAAGAGAUUAUCUAAUUGAAAAAAGAAAAUACCAGACUUAAAGAUUUAAAUAAAUAACUUUAAUUCUAAAUUAAACUUGAUGAGGUAAAUAGAUUAUCAUAAAUUCAUUUAGAAAGAACAAAUAGAUAAAGGAACUACAUAAGAAGUAUCUGAAGACUAAAUCAAUUACAAUUAAAGUUCAAGAUUAGUAGAAAAGCUAAAGCAAGCAAGAAUGUUGCUUUAAGAGAGAUAGACAGAGAUAGAAAAUUUGAAGAAGAGUACUCGCUAUAUGAAACUGCAAGAAAUGGAAGUAUUUUGCUUAUAACUAUUGUAAGAUGGAAUUAGGCAACACAAAAACUAAAUUUGAGAUUUUAAACAAACAAUUUAAUGAAAUUUUGAAAACAGAAAAUGAUUUUUAGAAAUUCAAUAAAUUGACCAACCAAACAGUAGAAUUGGAAGAAAAGGUGAGAAUUUUAUCAAAUAGUAAUUAAAAGCAAAAAAGAAAAAUACUUUGUUUGAGAUAAGAGUUGCUAACUUGUUAAGCAAUGAGAGAUAGAUACAAAAAAUAAUUUGAAUAAUGUUAAAAUGAAUUUGGUAUAUAUAGGAAAAAUUAUGAAUAAGAUAUAUAAAAGAAAAUUAAAUAUAAAGAGAUUAUAGAUAAUUUAAAUCAACAAAAAGCUAACUAAUAAACCAUCAUUUCAUAAAUGUAAAUGGAAAUAGAAAAAUAAAAAUUAUUAGUAUUUUAGAAGUAAAAAUAAUUGAAAGAAUUGGAAGAUUAAUAUUAAAUAAAAAAGUCAUUGCUUACUAAUAAAAGAGAAGCUGAUACUUCAUUUUAAGAAGCUUUGGAUGAAAAAGUAAAUAAAAAUUUUUUUGUAUUUGCUGAUGUUGAACUUAGUAACUCUCUUAAAUAAUAAUCAGAAACAAAAAUUAUUUUAGAAGAGGAUCAUAGAGAUAAAUCUUUCAUAAUUUAAAAUCGAUUAAGUGUUGAUUCGGUAAGAGAGGAUUCAAAAUCUCCUUAGAUUUAAAGUUUCAAAAUCAUACCAGAUGUUGAAAUAUCUAGAUAAAGAUUACCAAGAGUAAAUCAUUGUGAUGUUGAAGAGAUUGGAAAAAAAUUAAAAUAUUAGCUUAUGUCUUAAUUAAUUCCUUUUGAAUCAAUCAACAGAUUUUUUGAAUCAAAAUAAGAAAUGAGUAUUUUAGAAUUAGUUGAAGUACUUCAAGCGUCUCCAUUUUGUAUUCAAUAAUAAAAAUAGGCUUUGCUUCUAGCUAGAUAUUUAAUAGAAGAUAAUACGUAACCAUAUGUUGAAUUCACUCCUUUAUAAACAGGUGAUAAUUGUGUGAUAAAAAGUGUGUUCAAAAAUAUUGUAGGAAAGUAUUAAUUAUUUGAUAUUGAAUAAUAAAAUCAAAUUAUGUUCAUCAUAAGUUAAUAAAUUUGGAAAUUCAGAUAAUCUAUUGUUGAAUAAAUAAAAAUCAUGAGUUAGAAAAAAACAAACUCUUAAUAUAGUGAAUUAUGUAAUGAAAUGGAAUUCAAAAAUGCAAUUUAGGGUAGUAACAUUCUUUUAGAUGAUAGAUAAAAAGAGUUUUUGGGAUUCUUUAUAUAUAAAUAAUUUGAUGGCUCCAAAUUAUUUGAUUACAAAAUUUUAAUUGACAAAUUUGGAAAUUAAAAUUCCUAAAAUUCACCUUCUAAAAGUAACCCUUAAGGAUUUCAAUGA